GCAAACUAAUUUAGCUUUUUUUUCUUUUUUCUAUUUUAGAGACAGAAAUAACAGAAAACCAUUUGAUAGGUAUACAGCUUAUAAAUGGUGGUAGGACUGAAACUCAGACCUGUCUUGGUGUUGUCAUGGUAGCCAAGAAUGAAGAUUUAUCCCUGCACAGCUUAAGAGAUCUAAUGUAUAGUCAAGUUACAGCUUUACCAGAGACUUUCAUAUUCUGUACAAAGCAGGGUUGGAAUAUAAACCGGAACUUAGAAAACUCAGUUUUUGUAAAACAAAUUGUAUCAGAAGAGUGCUCAUUAUUUAUACAGAGAUAUUUUGAGACGCCAUGUAUUGGAAUAAGACAAAGGUCUGGAGAAAAUCUUGGUAUGGUGUUUGUUGAUCUUCAUUGUGUUUUGUCAGAUGUACGACAAUCUAUUCAAUCACAGAUGACUGGAAGUAAGCUCUCCAGACAAAAUUACUGGUUCCUGAAACACAAUACCUGGCCAAUCAGCUGUAAGCAAGAGAGUCAGCUGAAGGUGAUUGACAUAAUAGAAGAUUCCUGUCUCAUUGUUGAUGUACAGACUUUCCUUACACCAAACAGUUCCCCACUGACUCCUAGUCCCCAACCAAGGAAGAAAAUUAAAGGCACUAGACAUUUAUCAUUUCGUACCAGUAAGGAUUUGGAUAGAAAUCAGAUUGCAGAUUCCAGUAUGACUGAUGAAAAACAAAUCUUAAUCAGUUAUGUAAGAACAGAUGCAGCACAUCAUGCUCUAAUACUAAAACAAGAGUUAUCUUCCCUUGGUUUUAGUGUCUAUCUUGAUGUACAUGAAAUCACAUCAGGUGUGGAUUGGCAGGAUUCUCUCAAUGAUGCUGUCAGGAAUUGUCAGGUGUUUGUCCCAUUAGUCACACCUAAGUAUGGAGAAACUUUAUGGACCAAUAGAGAGAUAAAGUUAGCCGAUGUUUUAGGGAAGUACAUCAUUCCAGUCAGUUUCCUGUCAGACUGGCCACCACCAUGCCUUGCAAUACAAUUUUCAACAACACAGUAUAUCAGCUGGACUACUUAUAAUACAGGUAAAAAUAAGGACAUAUUUACAUGGAAGAGUAAAGACCUGAAGUGUGUAGCAAAACAGAUAGCAGAAAAAGUUCAGAAGUUCAUGAACACAGACACAGAUCUUCCUUCUCUUAUCAAAAGGAAAACUGUAGUAAAGAGUUGUCCGUGUGUAGAUAGUUCUAAUCCACAAGCAACAAUAGAAAACAGAGAGGGCAAUCCACUAGUAGUUCUAUGUGUACAUCCACAACAAUCCACACUGGCUGUUGGAAUGAAAGAAUUGUUAGCGGGACACAAAUUUGAGGUUUGGUGUUCAACACAGUUAUCAAUGAACUAUCCUGAUUCUUUGACAGAUCAUGAAAAUGGUAUAAAACCAGGAACAGUAGAAUUACAGAACAGACAAAUCUUCCAAGAACAAGCUGAUGAAGCUGGAGUUAUUGUUCUUAUUCUGUCUCAACAGUUUAUACUGUCUAGAACCUGUCAACAACAGGUAUUUUAUUGUGAACAAAGGAAGAAACUGGUUCCUGUUUUAUAUGGUGAUUUUGUGAUACCAGGGUGGUUGACUGUAUUAACAGGUCAUCAUGUAUUUAUGAAUGCAAACAAAUACAAAAAUCAGCUGAUAGGCAGAGUUGAAGAACUUUUAGUAUCUACAGAAUACGACAGAAAUACAUCUCUAGAAACUUGUGUUACAGAAAUUAAGUCAACUGUAUCGUCUAGGUUAUCUGUGUACAUAACUGGUAGUUAUUCCCUUAUAACAGACAUGACAGAGAAAAUUUGUAGGUCAAUAGGUACAUGUUUAGCAUCUAUAGAUAAUAUAUUGAUAGGAAUAGGAAGUGGAUAUGGUGUGGAAGACAUGGUGGCACAGUCUUUCUAUCAGGAAUCACAAAGAAUGUGGGAAACUAACAAUAAAGUUCUACAUAUACAUACACAAAAUCAGCUAACAGAGUUGAAAAACUAUGGCAUGACAACUCAAGUUAGACAUGAAGAUUUUUCUGCAAUUGUGGCUAGUGUGUUUGAUAUAUGCAUCAUUAUAAGAGGUAACUUAGAAAUUUCCAAUUUGAUUGACAGCUUCAUAUGGAAUGAAAAAGUGGUUAUUCCAGUGUUAUGUCAAGAUCUAGGACAAAUGUCAAGGAAACCUCAAGACGUAAGUGAAAAUGAUUGGUCCCUAUUAUCCAGUUCCUUGGCAACACCAGAACAAAUAGGACAGGUGGUCAAAUCAGUAAUUUUACAGAAUUCCACAGAAAGACUUUCAGAACAAAUAAGCAGCAUCAAUGUACCCUCUACCAGUCCGAAUACAGCAUUACGGAAAAUGACAACAGUAUUACUCCAUGAAAAGAUCUAACACAUUGAAUUUUAUUUUUAGAUACAAAUGUGAUGACUUGAAAACCUAAUUUAUGAUUUGAAAUAAUUCAAGUUUAAUAGUAGAUUGGAUUUGUGCUUUUGAGUAUACAACUAUGAAAAUUGAAGACGUGAAUAAUUUGAAUAAAUUAAGAGAAUGUGAUGAGCGUAGUAGGAUCAUGAUAAUCAUAUAAAAAGCGUGGUGAAAAUGUGGUAUAAUUGUAGCAGAAUCAUUGUAGAAGCGUAAUGAUGGCUUAGUAUCAUCAUGAAAACAACUAAAAUUAUCAUUUUCAUGCCACUCAUUCUGCGAUCAUGGUCUACUGUAACUGUGUUUUAAGGUUGAAAGUUGGACAAUUUAAAAUAAAGUAUUUAAAUUCUUAAAGAUAAGUUGAAUAACCGAAGAAAGUUUUACUUUCAAGCAUUCAUUUGUUGAUCAUUUUCUAGCUAAUACCACCAUAUGUGUUCAUUUAACAUUCCAAAUAUUGCAUGUGUUUUUAUUCAUUUGCAUCAAAAAGAAAUAUGUCAGUAUUGCCUUUUCUUUAUUUGCAGGUCACUUUAUUAUUUUAUUAGAAAUCUAGUUUUGUAUUGACAUGAUAAAUAUUUUGAUGAAACCUUUUAUGCGAAUUGAAUGUUUCAUUUUUUUGUUCAUUCCAGAAAGAGUGAUGAUUGAUAACAAUCAAAUUCUGUAUUCUGUAAAAUUGACAAUUAAUGCUACUAAUUUUAUCACGAAGAAAAAUUUAUAACCAGAUAAAUAUUAAAUAUUAGUUAGUGAAACUCAUAUUGGAAUUUUAUUAUAAUAUACUUCAACAUUAAUAGUAACCCUAGAAAUUAAUCUUGCAUUAUCAUUAAAAAUUUAAAUUCUGUUUUUACAGAAGCUAUUCCUAUAUCUAGAUAUUUCUUAGGCAGUUAUCUCUUUUAGAAUUGUUUAAAACUAAAAGUUUUAAAUCCACCUUUUCCAUCAUGAAAUUAUUGCCAAUAAAAUUCAAACAUUUGUUAAGACAAACACAAUGCCAGUUGAUGUAAAUAAGGAGCAGUUGAUGUUCAUGUUGUUUUGCAAACCAGGACUUUCAAUCUUGAAACCUUUGUUUACUUACAGUACAGAUCUACAUUCAGAUGAAUAUUUUGACACUGUUAUAAACUCAUUUUAGUUGGGUUUUAAAAAUUAUUUAUAAAAGAACUCUUUUUGUUGAGCCUUCAACUUUUGUGAAAAAGAAGCAAGGUAUAGUGAUCCUAUAUUCCGUCUGUGGUUUUUGAAAUUGUAAUAACUUUCUUAAAAUAUCCUGGAUUUCUACGAAACUUGGACAGAAGCUUGUUUAUGAUUAUAAGAUAGUAUCCAGAAUUAAAUUUUGUAAAAAAAAAUUCUGUAUUUUACUUAUAAAUGGACUUAGUCUCUCUGCCAGGAAACAUUACAUUCACUCUGUGGUUUAAGUUUUUUUUUAAUUUUAAUUACUUUCUUAAGCUGUCCUGAAUUUGUACCAAACUUUGACAGAACCUUGUUUAUGAUCAGAAGAUAGUAUUCAGAAUUAAAUUUUUGAAAAGAAAAUAUCUAGAAGAUUUUUUAUGCCCCACCUACGAUAGUAGAGGGGCAUUAUGUUUUCUGGUCUGUUCGUCCGUCUGUCCUUUCAUUCAUCUGUCUGUCUGUCCCGCUUCAGGUUAAAGUUUUUGGUCGAGGUAGGUAUGAUAUGAUCUUUCAAAUUUUAAAGCCGAAUUGAACUUUUGACCCCAAUUUCACGGUCCACUGAACAUAGAAAUUGGAAGUGCAUGUUUCUUGUAGAUCUUGUUUCCUAAGAUAUCUUAUUUAUUUGUUUUUUCCCCUCAGCUAUAUAAACAGUCUUCUUUAGAACUUUUUAUAUUAAGCUGACUUCAAAUAGUGUUAAAUGUAUCAAAUAAGAUUUAAAUUGCAUUGUGAAACAUUCUGUUAUUAAUAUUAUGGUUUAAGAAUGUUGUUGUUUUGUUAUUUAUAGUUGUAUUUAUUGGUCUUUUAGGAAACUUUUGAAAUCCACAAAUUGUUGUAUGAUGAGUAUUUAUACAUUGAUAUAUUCUAAUUUAUUUUCCUUUAUUGUUUUCUUUUUAUACGACCGCAAAUUUUGAAAAAAUUUUCGUCGUAUAUUGCUAUCACGUUGUCGUCGUCGUCGUCCGAAUACUUUUAGUUUUCGCACUCUAACUUUAGUAAAAGUGAAUAUAAAUCUAUAAAAUUUUAUCACAAGGUUUAUGACCACAAAAGGAAGGUUGGUAUUGAUUUUGGGAGUUUUGGUCCCAACGUUUUAGGAAUUAGGGGCCAAAAAGGGCCCAAAUAAGCAUUUUCUUGGUUUUCGCACUAUAACUUUAGUUUAAGUUAAUAGAAAUCUAUGAAAUUUUGACACAAGGUUUAUGACCACAAAAGAAAGGUUGGGAUUGAUUUUGGGAGUUUUGGUUUCAACAGUGUAGGAAUUAGGGGCCAAAAAAGGGCCCAAAUAAGCAUUAUUCUUGGUUUUCGCACAAUAACUUUAGAUUAAUUAAAAAGAAAAUAAUGAAAUUUAAACACAAUGUUUAUGACCACAAAAGGAAGGUUGGUAUUGAUUUUGGGAGUUUAGGUCCCAACAGUUUAGGAAUUAGGGGCCAAAAAGGGACCCAAAUAAACAUUUUCUUGGUUUUCGCACCAUAACUUUAGUAUAAGUAAAUAGAAAUCUAUGAAAUUUAAACACAAGGUUUAUGACCAUAAAAGGAAGGUUUGUAAUGAUUUUGGGAGUUUUGGUCCCAACAGUUUAGGAAUAAGGGGCCCAAAAGGUCCAAAAUUUAACUUUGUUUGAUUUCAUCAAAAUUGAAUAAUUGGGGUUCUUUGAUAUGCCGAAUCUAACUGUGUAUGUAGAUUUUUAACUUUUGGUCCCGUUUUCAAAUUGGUCUACAUUAAGGUCCAAAGAGUCCAAAAUUAAACUUCGUUUGAUUUUGACAAAAAAUUAAUCGGUUGGGUUCUUUGAUAUGCUGAAUCUAAAAAUGUACUUAGAUUCUUGAUUAUCGGCCCAGUUUUCAAGUUGGUCCAAAUCGGGGUCCAAAAUUAAACUUUGUUUGAUUUCAUCAAAAAUUGAAUAAAUGGGGUUCUUUGAUAUGCCAAAUCUAACUGUGUAUGUAGAUUCCUCAUUUUUGGUCUUGUUUUCAAAUUGGUCUACAUUAAAGUCCAAAGGGUCAAAAAUUAAACUUAGUUUGAUUUUAACAAAAAUUGAAAUCUUGGGGUUCUUUGAUAUGCUGAAUCCAAACAUGUACUUAGAUUUUUGAUUAUGGGCCCAGUUUUCAAGUUGGUCCAAAUCAGGAUCUAAAAUUCUUAUAUUUAGUUUUGUGCAAUAGCAAGUCUUUUCAAUUGCACAGUAUUGCGCAAUGGCAAGAAAUAUCUUAUUGCAAAAUAUUGUGAAAUAGCAAUUUUGUUUUUAAUUAGAGUUAUCUUUCUUUGUCCAGAAUAGUAAGCAAGAAAUAUCUUAUUGUAAGAAUUUUUUUUAUUUGGAGUUAUCUUUCUUUGUCCAGAAUCAACUUAAAUCUUUGUAUUCACUUUUUACUACCAACUGAUAAAUUAAAAUAAUCUUUACCAUUCAGUGAUAACAAGCAGUUUUUUUACAUCUUAAUAUUUUAUGAUGUAUUUAAAUGAGUAGUAAUUGUUGCAAACUCCAUUAGAAAUUUUAAUUGAGAUUAGUUUUGGAAUAAGGGAAAGGGGGAUGUGAUUAAAAAAAAUGGGUUCAAUUUUCUCAUUUGAAAUUUCAUAAAUAAAAAGAAAAUUUCUUCAAACAUUUUUUUGAGAGGAAUAAUAUUCAACAGCAUAGUGAAUUGCUCUAAGAGAAAACAAAAUUUUUAAUUUCAUUAGAACACUUUCAUUCUGUGUCAGAAACCUAUGCUGUGUCAACUAUUUAAUCACAAUCCAAAUUUAGAGCUGAAUCCAGCUUGAAUGUUAUGUCCAUACUUGCCCCAACCGUUCAGGGUUCAACCUCUGCGGUCGUAUAAAGCUACGCCCUGCGGAGCAUCUGGUUUGAAAUAUUUUAUCAGCAAGUUGUUGAAUGGGAUAUCUUUUAUUAAUUUAUUUGCCUUGUAAUAUGUAUUUUAUAUGCUUAUACAGAAGUCUCUUUGCUUUUUAUAAAUUCUAUAUAUUUUU